AUGAAGACGAUAAAUGAAUCGGCAGAAUUACUUGAUGACUGGAUCGACUCCCAGAUCGAACACAGCGCUGAUGACCCCAAUGUUGGCUUCGUUGAAACUCUAUACCAAGCAUGUUUAGUCUCUUUAAUCCACCUAUGGCAUUCUCGUCUCCAGUUCAUGUCGCACGGUCCACGCCUGAAUACCAUGAAGAAAGAUGUAGCAAACAUGCGGCUAUGGGAAGAGAACUUUCUCACUGGCCGCCUUGAUAUUAUUCUUGGGCAGUCCAACCGUUUGAAGAUCAACAUGGUGGAAAAUUUGAAAGGUAUCGGUGAGAUCCUGAUAUGCUAUCUUUUGGGAUCCAAUGAAACUAUUCUCAAGCCCCAGGUCGAGAGGAGCUCUAUUCGGGAUCUCGUGAAAGAACUCAGGAGCCUGUUAGAUAAUGCAGCAAUCUUUCUUUCAGCCGAAGAGUCAAACUCAUCCUCAGAUGAAGACACAUCUGACGACUCAUCUUCAACCACCGGGCCCGACCGUGACCUGUAUCGCUAUGGACGACUCCACUCUUACAUCGUCUGCUUGAUGGACCUCGUACCAGCAAUUGAGCGGCAUGCUCUCUGCUUGCAGCAAAGGGUAACCCAUCUACCCCAUCUCAACGACAAUGUGUUCUAUUUGUCCAAAAGGGCGCUACCUUUUGCUACACGCAUUAGUGAUAGAUUUACCACUGCACCAACUUCUCUUGUAGAGAAGCUAGCAGAAGCUAACUGGGAAAGGUUCGUCCGUAUCAGAAAGCAAGAAGAAGAGGACGAUUGGGGAGAUAUUACUACUCGAUUCAAGCCCUACUCCAUUUUUCACGAUUCUGGCAUUGGAACAUCCAUCUUUAGAGGGUCGCAAUAUGCCGCUACUGCAGUCUCCCAUAAGUCAUUCCUCUCAAAUGCUGAAGAGCAGGGUCACGGCCGCCCUCGCGUACCUAAUCUACUACAUGAGUACGGGCUGCCUUUCCAAUGCGAUUAUUGUCAGGAUGUCAUAACCAUGCGGAACAGGAUCGACUGGAAAAUCCAUGUCUUCGCAGAUCUACAGUCGUAUGUAUGCACGCAUGCAGAGUGCAAAGAUGCGCUGGAAACAUUCACGAGCCGUGACACGUGGGCACGCCAUGAGAUCAAAGAACAUCUUUCUCAAUCACAAUGGCGUUGCUACAAGUGCAAAAUCACUACUACCACCCAGGAGGACUUUGCCAAGCAUCUCACUAUGGCCCACACCAUCGGGCUGUCUGGGCAUCCGUUGAGAGCGACGCUCACAGAAGCUGAGGAGAUUGUCUUCAAGCCUGACUUGGAGGAUCAUAAGUGCCCGUUGUGCUCUCAAUCCGACUGGAAAGGUUCGAAAGAGUAUGCAACUCAUGUCGGACGGCAUUUGGAGGAGAUAUCACUGGCCUGUCUGCCAAUGAACCAGGAUUGUGAUAGCGACGUUGACUUAAAGAUUGAUACAUCGAGCAAUGCGACGAAGGACAGCUUGCCUCCAAUACGGUCAACGACCAACAAUCAUCAUGAUUUAGCAUUGGCUGCUCUUCCUGACCUCGGUAGUUUUGAUGCUUUCGAAAAGCCAAAUCAGGGACAAGACGCCAACAAAGUCAGUAAUAGGCAACUUUUUGGGGUCACUCCAACCCACCAGAGACCCACCACCAGUCAGAUUAUUCAAUCUGAUACAGGAAGCAUUCUGCCUGACCAUUAUGGCCAGCUGGUACCGAGCUCCCAUGCCUCUGUACCCAACACUGUCCAUGUGAGAACGGAAAGUGCCAAGAAGAAGCCAUUGCAAUGCAUCACAUGUGGCAUUGAAUUCGGUACUGUAGGAGCCCUCACGCGGCACAUUGAGGAUCAGCACCACCCGUGCAUCAAAAUUUUCUGCCCUGAGCCGGGUUGUGAAGAGACUUCACGCAGAAGAGACAAGGCUAGAGAUCACUGUUUGAUUAAGCACAUGUGGAAGCCAACCAACGAGGAGCUUAGCCGGCACACACAACCUCUCGCCUGUCCUCCUCGUUGCAGCAAGUGUAGUCUGGAG